GAGCAGGACUCCAAGAGGCUUGUGCAUGGUCCCCAAAAGGAAAGGAAGGUCAUGGUCAUCAUUUCUAGCAUGCUGACCGUUUCGGAAUCCGGGCUGUACAUGUUUAGUGGAGGGUUUAAGCAACCUCCGAGGCAUCUACGGAUGGAGAAACGGGCCAAGGAGCAUGCAUGCCCUGUCAAUAGAGGUUAUGCUCCCAACUCUGCUAUUGACCCUCCUGUGUCUGCAUCCCCGGAGUUCUCUGUAGAACGCAGUUCUGGCGUUGGACAUCUUGGUCCAAUUCCUUCUACAGUGGAUUCAUUGAGUACCUAGUGUAUACUGUCCAUUGAGUGCCAAGCAUUGGACUAGGCACUGGGGGCUCAAACAGAUAAAUUGUUAGCAAUUAAAAUGGACACGUAUUUGUUGGGACUCUUUUUUGGGGUCCAGCAUAGCAUAGAAGAAAGACAAAAUCACCAGGAAAUGUAUAGUUAAAUUUCUCACGAGAGAGUAAGGAGACAAUGCAUUUUCACAAAAACCCUUAUCUACCUCAGAAGAAACUGGAGAAGGAUGUUAAGGGGUGGGGGUAGCAGAGUAGAGCUGGAAAAUAUGAGAAGCUUCCUGAGCCUGCAGAGAUGAGGAGGGUGUUUCAGCAGAAGACAGAAUGAGCAAAGGCUGAGAAUUAGAAGAGCGAUUUGACUGGCAUGUUAAAGACAGUCCGGAAGUUAAGCUAGAAGCAGCUUUGGUGAGGGACUUUGGCCUGUGCAUUUAUCUGCGGAAAAAUGGGUAGCCAUUAAGGUUUAAGGGUUUGAGUGUUUGUUUUUAAGAUUAUGGUCAGAAUGAUGAUCUGAUUGGAAAGAGAUAAAGGGACAACUACACAGGAACUUACUGCACUAAUCAUAAUCAAAUCCCGUGAGCAUGAAAAGGCAUUGGAAAAGCACAUGGGUUAGAGUUACACUCCAAUAGUAGACUGUUCAAGAGCUGGCAAAAGAUCGAAUUUAAUUUUCCUUCCUAAUUAUGUUUUGCUGAAAUUAUUAUUUAAAUUAGUUGGCAUUUCUGGAGCAACGAAACAACACUGUAACUGAGAGAAGCCAGAUUGCAAAUUAAAAGUGAAUAAUCCCCA